CCCAUCCACUUCCUGGUCCUAGCUGUUCAUUAGCUGUGAUUGGUGUAAAUAGGAGGCUACAUCUCCUUCUAGAGUACCUACGGUACGCAAUGGACGGGACCGAACAGAGUUGAUCUACUGUAGCUAAUCCUAGUGGUUCCGUCUGUGUGGCAAACGCCUAGGUAGGAAAAAGGGGAUAAAGGAAUAUCGGAGUUUACAGAGCAGGACAAAACUGAUAUGUUACCUGUAUUGUUCAUAACAGAAUGAAGAAAAUACCAAGACACACUCAAAUUAGAUGCAAACCUUAAAAACAUAUAUUUUUUAACGGAUUUAACUCUUGGAUCAGAACGAAAGAUUUCUAGUCGAGCAGGACUUGAAAAUGAACAUGGAUGUCGGAGUAACGAUGGCAUCUUUGUGUAAUUAAAUCAAUUUCUAUCUUCUUUCUGGCACUAAAACUGCGCCGGCCGAAGUUUGCUCUAUAUUCAACUAUCGAUUAUAGGUAAAGUGAUUUUACUUGCCCAUUUGAAGGGAAAUAAAACCGAUUAAAGUAAUGUAUUGUUUUACUGCAUUAGUCGCUACUACUAUGUUUCUCGACUGAAAACAAUUUUUCUCUGACAGUUGUUUAGCCUGUUGGCAUGAAUAGACCUCCCGAGUGUCGCAGCGGUCAGCACCACCUGAAAAAUCCGAAUUAAAAAAUAAUAUUAUUAUACUGAACAAAAAUAUAAACGCAACAUGCAACGAUUUCAAAGAUUUUGCUGAGUUACAGUUCAUAUGUAUAAGGAAAUGAAUUAAUUAGGCCCUAGUCUAUGGAUUUCACAUGACUGGGAAUACAGAUAUACAACUGUUGGUCACAGAUACUUUAACAAAAGAGGUAGGGACGUGGAUCAGAAAACCAGUCAGUAUCUGGUGUGACCACAGUUUGCCUCGUGCAGCUUGACACAUCUCCUUCGCAUAGAGUUGAUCAGGCUGUAAAUUGUAGCCUGUGGAAUGUUGUCCCACUCUUCAACAGCUGUGUGAAGUUGCUGGAAAUUGUCUGGAACUGGAACACGCUGUCAUACACGUUGAUCCAGAGCAUCCCAAACAUGCUCAAUGGGUGACAUGUCCGAUGAGUCGUCUGUGGAGGCGUGACGUGCCCCUGUCUGAGCGGCUAGGACUAGGUGUCGGGGUUGGAGAGGACUACCCCCUGGGUGUGGCCCCUGGUCCCCGUUCCACAAUGACUCCCCCGGGCCCAAACAUCUCCUGGUUCCCAGAGGCCCCCCUGCUGACCUCAGAACAGACCACCUUCCUGAUGACCCCCGCUGCCCAAGCCGUGUCGGGCUUCUUCGUCUGGACCGCCCUACUCUUCACCUGCCACCAGAUCUACAUGCACCUGCGGUACUACAGUUCUCCUAAUGAGCAGAGACACAUCGUGCGGAUCCUCUUCAUCGUGCCCAUCUAUGCCUUUGACUCCUGGCUCAGCCUCCUCUUCUUCACUAACGAGGAGUAUUAUGUCUACUUUGACACCGUCAGGGACUGCUACGAGGCGUUUGUCAUCUAUAACUUCCUGAGCCUGUGUUAUGAGUACCUGGGAGGAGAGAGCGCCAUCAUGGCUGAAAUCAGAGGAAAACCUAUUCAAUCCAGUUGUAUUUACGGUACAUGUUGUCUCUGGGGGAGGAGUUACUCCAUUGGGUUCCUGCGGUUUUGUAAGCAGGCCACGCUACAGUUCUGUGUGGUCAAACCCCUCAUGGCCAUGGUCACAGUCAUCCUACAGGUCUUUGGAAAGUACCGUGACGGAGACUUCAAUGUGAACAGUGGGUACCUGUAUGUGUCUAUCGUCUACAACAUCUCUGUCAGCCUGUCUCUCUACGCCCUCUUUCUUUUCUAUUUCUCCACCCGGGACCUGCUCAGCCCCUACAGCCCCCUGCUGAAGUUCUUCAUGGUCAAAUCUGUCAUCUUCCUCUCCUUCUGGCAGGGCAUGUUGCUGGCCAUCCUAGAGAAGUGUGGGGCCAUCCCCAAAAUCAACUCACCCGAGGUGUCAGUGGGAGAGGGAACGGUUGCCGCCGGUUACCAGAACUUCAUCGUCUGCAUUGAGAUGUUCUUUGCCUCCCUGGCCCUGCGUCAUGCCUUCACAUACAGGAUCUACAUGGACAAGAGGCUGGACUCUCUCUCUCAGGGCCCAGUUCCUAUGUAUGGAGAGUCUGGUCGCUGUGCCCCAAUGAAGAGCAUCUCCAGCAGCCUGAAGGAGACCAUGAACCCUGGAGACAUGGUCCAGGAUGCUAUCCAUAACUUCUCCCCGGCCUACCAGCAGUACACCCAGCAGUCCACCCUGGAACAGGGUCACUCUGCCCCGCCUGUGUCCCGCACGCACAGCACCAUCAGCACCCGCGACAACGAGAAGACCCUGCUGCUCAGCUCGGAUGACGAGUUCUAAGUUAACACACACCGGCCCCAGCCAAUCACCUCUUUACUGACUGUUGGGGUGAGGUACUACCUCCUGGUCUUAUGGAGUAUUGGCAUGGGGAUUUAAAGUGUGUUGUUUGGGGUUGGCAUCAACCUCAAUACAGGACCAUAUGACUUAGCCUGGUCCAUUCAAUAUCCUCUACUACACACAAUUCAGGACUUUACAGGAACUCUUCUCUUGGUAGAAUAUACUCUUAUUGGGAACAUGAUGUUAUGGUUGAAACCAUUGUCUAAAAAAACUUCAAUGGUUGGUUAUGUAGGAUUUAUAGGGAUUUUCUGAGAGAAUUAUACUUCACUUAUUAGAGAGACAUUUAUGGUUUGAAUAAAAGUGAUUUUAUCGAAGUGUGUCUGCUUGCUAGCUAACAUCCAAUGAAGAUGGCCCAUACUACAUUUAUAUUAAAGUACUUUGGCUAUG